AUGUCACGCUUUGACAACUCCCAGGUUGACGCUCUCCACUCUACAGAAUCAGAAGUUGGACACAAUAUAGGACCGCGUGAGUACGUAUACAAUCUUUUGCCUCGUAAGGCCUUGCCAACUCAAAAUAAUUUAACUCACCUCCCUAAGAUCCGGAACACACAUGCAGACGAAGAGCGAAAGCAUCUUAAAUCCAAAAUGAAUAGGAACAAGACGAUGGGCCCACCUAGUCAUAUAGUGUGUCUACCAUCCCUUUCAGAAAAGGCUAAUAAUUUUUUAAGGAAGCAAACAAGGAGACCCUAUGUGGACCAAAAACAACUACAGUCGUCCAUUUUGGAGAGGAAAUUUUGUCCAAAUAAACCAAAGGUGGAAAACUUAAAAGAGGAUUUAGCUGAUACAGUUGAUAAUGCAACAGAAAGCACAUCAGAAAAUAAAAAGCCCACGACAGAGCACAGACGCAAGCGUGCUGGAUGCUGUUCUGGAACGAAGCCACUCGUUCCUCUACAAGGUAGCCUGGAUCCAGAAAAUCAGACUUUUUCAAAGACCCGAAAGAAGACAAAAGGGCCUAGGGGCAACUUCAUCGAACGUAAUUCUAUGCACGCAAUAACUAUGGAGCCAGGCAAAAAUCUCCCCAAAUUUGCGCGCUUCAGACAGGCGGACACCAGACACGGAGAUAUACGAAAUCUGGAGUCAGAAAAGACGCACUCGGGUCUCAGUAAGCGUUACGUCUGGAAACCACAGCUUGGCCGGAUGCCAGUUUACCUGGUGCGUCGUCUACAGCAGAUUCGCGUAGCACAAGAGCACUAUUUACACUACAAAAAUGAGACGGAGACCCAGUUUGCUGACUAUCUUUUGACUCCAGAACAGAGAAACGAGCUGCUUCAGGGAUUAAAGGCGGCCUGGGACAAAUACAAUCGUGCAUAUCUUGGUUUAUCGUCCAGCAGCGAUACGCUUAAAACAAAAGCCUACAAGCAAUAUCUCGAGGGUGAAAUGGACCAACUUGAAAAAGAUAUUAAUCUGGUAGAACGUCAUCAAUUCCUGUUUGUAGACUCGGUCAAGCCAACUGGUCCAGUUGCCAAGAUUACACAACACAUGCAAAUGCAAAAGGCUUAG